AUGGCAUCGAGUCGAAAGAGAAAUGCGGCUGGAGAAGUUGUCCAAAAUGGCGGCCACUCGUCGGUUUCUGCCAAGCAAGUGUCGAACAUGUCUCCUGGGAAGUUGAAUGAUGAGAGUGCAAGUGCCGAAGGUAUCUGCGAUGUUGUUGUCGUUGGCGCCGGACCGGCUGGAUUGAUGCUGGCAGCAAAUCUUGUUCGCUUCGGCAUCAAGACAACAAUCAUUGACGACCGACCAAGUCAAACCUCCACUGGCCGAGCAGAUGGCCUGCAACCUAAAACCAUCGAAACCUUGAAGCAGAUGCGAUUAGCCGACAAUCUCCUCAAACGAGGCGUAAGAAUCCACGACAUUUGUUUCUGGAGCUCCACGGCAGAGACUCCUCUGAGACGGACGAGUCGGGAAGUGCAUUAUCCUCCGGUUGUUGAUCUUUUGGACCCGUACAUUUUGCUUGUUCACCAGGGCAUGGUCGAGGAUGUAUUCUUGGAAGAUUUGCAAUCUCGCGGGGUGAAUGUGGUCAGAAACGCGGCCUUCUCUUCGUAUUCGCAGGACGAGGGCGACGAUGCGGCACCUGAGGUCCUGUACGACGACCUAACAACGGGCAACCCGACUUCCAUUCGAAGUCGAUACCUCGUCGGCUGCGAUGGAGCACAUUCCAAAGUCCGCAAGUCAAUGGGCGUGGAAGCUGAAGGAGCGUCAUCAGAGGCUAUCUGGGGAGUCUUGGACGGCGAGAUCGAAAGCGACUUUCCCGAUCUCUGGAGUAAAGCGGUGGUAUACUCACACAAGUACGGCAAUGUAUUAUGCAUCCCGCGAGAGCGAGGGAUGACGAGGCUGUACAUUGAGCUCAAGUCAGAAGAUGGCAGUCGGCUGCCGAAGGAAAGAGCGACAAAGGAGUUUGUGAUGGAGCAGGCGCGGUUGAUAUUCCAACCUUAUGGACUGCAGUGGACGAGUGUUGAAUGGUUCGGCAUCUACCAAAUCGGCCAACGAGUCGCCCGCCACUUUACAGACGCCUCACAGCGAGUUUUCAUCGCAGGCGAUGCAUCCCACACACACAGCCCAAAAGCAGCUCAAGGGAUGAACACCUCAAUGCACGAUUCCCUCAACCUAGCUUGGAAGCUCAACCUCGCGGUACGAGGUCUAGCAAAACCACACCUCCUCGAAACCUACGAACACGAGCGACGGAAAGUCGCCCAAGACUUGAUCAACUUCGACUUCGAACACGCCAAUUCUUUCCACGCAGGCGAUCCGGAAGCUCUCGCGCAGAACUUCUUGAAGAAUAUUCGAUUUAUCUCGGGGGUAGGAGCGGAGUAUACGAGCAAUAUUUUGAACAAGCCAUCACUGUCAGACAGCCCCUUACAACCCGGCCAACUUCUAACGCCUGUCAAGGCGACCAGGUAUCUCGACGCAAAUCCAGUUGACCUCCAGCUGGAUAUCCCUAUGCUCGGUCAAUUCAGGAUGUACCUCAUCUGUCCCGAUAUCUUGCAGGUCAAGCCAUUUUUGGAGAUUCUCUGCGACGAGCUAUCCACUUCGUCAUCAACCUCCGCGUCAGCAUUAUCAUACACGAAGAAACCUCGAACACAAAACUGCCUGGAUGAAUACGUCCGUCCCGAGCGCUACCUAACCUUCAACAACCUCAUAACACCAACCCUAAUCACCGCAACCCCCAAGGCCGAAUUCGAGAUCUCGGAUCUUCCUCAGCUGCUACGGCAGAGCCCCUGGACGGUGUAUCUUGAUGACUGUGCGGUACAGAAUAAGGAUUCGAAGCACUGCUUUGAGAAGUGGGUUGGAUGUAUGGCUGGGAGUGAGUGUGCUGUUGUCAAUGUGAGACCGGAUGGGUACAUUGGGCAUUUGCAUCGCUGGGAUAAUACGAAGGACAGGGCUGUCGAUGCGGCGAACGUGGUACAUGAGUACUACUCGAGCUUCUUGGAGAUUUAG